UUGUGUCCCUGACUGGGAUGUGUCUCGAACAGAAAGAUGGAGUCGAAAACAACACGAUCUUGAAAUAACCACAAUCAUGCCACAGGUCUACAGAGGUUCUGGGGACUGUUAAUUGGCUUUGCCAUGUCUCCCAAAGUGGCCAGCCAGGGCAAGGCAGAGGAAACUGCAGUGCAGGUAGCAGUGCGAAUACGGCCUCUUCUCCCUAAAGAGGUCCUACACAGCCAUGAGAGCUGCAUCACAACCCACCCAGAAGACAGAAGGGUUACUCUCGGCCAUGAUCGUUGCUUCCACUCCGAUUUUGUCUUUGAGGAAGGUUCCACUCAGGAAGAAGUGUACGUGGCCUGUGUCCAGCCACUUGUUGAGGCUUUCUUUCAGGGUUUCAAUGCCACAGUGUUUGCUUACGGUCAGACCGGCUCAGGCAAAACCUACACAAUUGGAGAAGCUAACAUAUCCUCCUUUAGAGAUGAUGAACAAGGGAUCAUUCCCAGAGCUGUGGCCGAGAUCUUCAAGUUACUGGAUGAGAAUGACCUCAGCGACUUCUCCGUCAGAGUGUCCUACCUUGAGGUUUACAAGGAGAUCUUCAGAGACCUUUUGGAGAUUGAGACAGCAAGCAAGGAUAUUCAUAUCCGGGAAGAUGACAAGGGCAACAUAGUUCUCUGUGGAGUGAAGGAGUGUGAGGUGGAGGGGCUCGAUGAGGUCUUGAGCCUUUUAGAAUCUGGGAACACGGCUCGCCACACAGGAGCCACCCAGAUGAACCCGUGCUCCAGCCGCUCCCACACCAUCUUCACCGUGCUCAUGGAGCAGCGGCGCGGUGGAUCUAGGGCCGCUGGCGGAGGCCUCCAAGUCCUCUCCUCCAAGUUCCACUUUGUGGACCUGGCCGGGUCUGAGCGAAUCGUCAGAACAGGGAACACCGGAGAGCGGCUCAAGGAGAGCAUUCAGAUCAACAGUGGACUCCUUGCCCUAGGAAAUGUGAUCGGGGCGCUAGGGGACCCUAAGAGAAAAGGCACACAUAUUCCUUACAGAGACUCAAAAAUCACCAGAAUCUUAAAAGACUCCCUUGGAGGCAAUGCAAAAACACUCAUGAUCGCCUGCAUUAGUCCCUCAUCCUCUGACUUUGAUGAGAGCCUCAACACCCUCAAUUAUGCCAAACGGGCUCGCAACAUCCAAAACCGGGUCAUGGUGAAUUGUCGUGGGGAGCCCGACAGGGUGGAAAGCCUGGAGCUCCAAAUCAAAGCCCUCAGACGGGCCCUGGAGAACCGGCAGCGCUCAGAGACGCGAAUCCUUGCCCGCUCGGACCCCGAGCGUCGGGCACGGCCCCUCGAGCCAGACAUGAACAAGCUGCAGGCAGAGAGCGCCCACUACAGGACAUGCACGGACUCGGCCUACAGGCUGCUGACAGAGUUGCGAGGGGAGGGGACGCUGAAUGCUGGGCAGCAGCUGCGGGUCAAGGAGUGGCUGUGCGCCGUGGAGGAGGAGCGAAGCGGCCUGACCACGGCCUCGGGGCCGGACAGCGGCAUCGAGAGCAGCUCCACUGAGGACACAGCCGCACUGAAAAGGGGCCGAACACUUCUGAAGGUUCAGGAGCUGAAUCAUGUGAAGGAGGAGUGGAGCAGGGAGAAAGAUGACUCCAUUUCCCAGUUACUAGAACAGAUCCAUCAAUUAGAGCAAGAGAAUACCGACUUUCUGUCUGCACUAGAAGAUGCAAUGGAGCAGUACAAGCAGCAGAGCGAUAGGCUCCAGGAGCAGCAGGACCUCAUUGCAGAGCUGCAUAGUCUGCUGGCCCAGCCAGGCAGCAUGGGUCAGCUGCACCUGAAACGGAGACCCCACACUGCACCCAUCAGCUCAGUACAAGUAACACUCGCCCCAGGCUAUUUUAUCCCUCUCUACAAUGGAGACCCUGGGGAAAGCCCUUCACAACAGGCCAACCCAGGCACUUCGACGGGUGCCUGUUCUUUUUCCGAACAGGCCCAGUGGGAGGCUGGACAUGGGGACAUGGAGAAUGAGUCAGAGGACCGAGAAGGAGAGGAUACUCACGUCAGAGGAGGCAGCGACAAUCGCAGGUGCAUGCAUACUACCUGGUCAAAGAAAGAUGCACCAUUUCAAGGUUCAUCUGGAAAAGCUAGAGCACCUCUGUCUCAGGUGCUGGGAUCAGGCUACCCUCCAGCAUUACACAGCAACAGGCGUACAUCCAGCAGCAGUGUAGGGGAGAGUUCAGUGCUGGAGAGCCUGAAGGGGUGUGUGUGGGAGCUGGGCUCCGAGCGGGGGCUGCUAUUGGCCCAACAGAAGAUCAGGGAGCUGUCCAUCACCAUCCGCAUGAAGGAGGAGCUCAUCAAGGAGCUGGUCAAAACAGGCAAAGAUGCGCAGACGAUGAACAGGCAGUAUAGCCGGAAGGUGGCCGAACUGGAGCAGGAAGCAGAGCAGGCCCGGGCUGAGCUCACUGAGGCCCAGAAGCAGCUGCAGGACCUUGAGGCGCAGGGCAGCCGCGACGCUGCCGACUGCUCCAAAGCCCAGGAGUGCAGGAGGAAGAUCGCAGCUGCACACAGCAAAGUGCAGGUGCUGAAGCAGAGGCAGCGGGACACGGCGCAGCUGGCUUCACUGUCAGCGCAGAGCGAGCGGCGUGUGCAGGAGCUGGAGCGCAGCGUGCAAAGCCUGCGACAGCAGCAGGAGCACCUCCACCGCCGCCUGCGCCAGGAGAGCCAGCAGAAGAGGAGGCUGGAGAGCGAGAUGCAGCGGGGCAAGCAGCGUGUAAAGGAGCUGGAAAUCAAGAACAAGCAGCAGCAGAAGAUCCUACAGAUUAAGACGGAGAAGAUCGCUGCCUUCCAGAGGCAGAGGAGAAGCGGCAGUAAUGGGUCUGUCAUCUCACUAGAGGAACAGCAGAAGAUUGAGGAGCAGAAGCGCUGGCUGGAUGAGGAGAUGGAAAAGGUUCUGGAACAGAGGAGAGGUCUGGAGGACCUGGAUGGGGAACUGACCAAGAGAGCAGAGAUCCUGGCCAAGAAGGAGGCUCUGCUCCUGGAACGCAGCAGCCUGGAGACCAAACGACUCCGCUCUAGCCAGGCUCUGAGCAACAACCUGGAGGUGCUGUCGAGCCGCAUCGAGUCGCUGGAGCGGGAGCUGAGCGCACGCAGCGGGCAGCUUCGCAGCAGCAGUGCGCAGGACUCGCAGCACAUCCGGCAGGAGAUCUCCAGCCUGCGGCAGGAGAAGGAGCAGCUCCUCAAGCAGAGAGUGGAGCUGGAUGAGAAACUGCGGCAGGGUAACCUGCUCUCUCCUGAGGAGGAGCGCACUCUGUUCCAGCUGGAUGAGGCAAUCGAGGCGCUGGACGCUGCCAUCGAAUACAAGAACGAGGCCAUCACACAGAGACAGAGGCAGCUAAGGGCCUCGGGCAGCAUGCUCACCCAGUGGGAGAUGAACCUGAUGGCCAAACUCACCUACCUGUCUGCCUCUGAGACACGUGCCCUGCUCUGCAAGUACUUUGAUAAGGUGGUGUCCCUGCGGGAGGAGGAGCGGAGACUGCAGAUGGCUCUGGCCGAGCUGGAGAUGCGGAUGGAGGAGCAGCAGCGCCUGGUGGUGUGGUUGGAGGCAGCCCUGGAGCGCCAACAGCUGGACACAGACCGCCGGCUUACCCAGCAGCAGAAAGAACACGAAAGGAAUGUGCAGCUUCUCCUGCAGCAGUGCCGAGAUGAAGGUUUGGCUGGUAGGCAGCGACAGUAUGAGGGCUUGAUCCACAACCUCAGCAAAGAGCUGAGCCUAUGUAAGGCAGCCAAUCUGGAGCUCAGCGAUAAAAUCAGGGACAUGUGUGGGCCGACUUGUCAGUCCGGAGAUCAGAGCAAGGGCGCAGCAGAGAGGGUGCACUACAAAGGAGCUGGAGAAAGUUCUAAAUCCACUCCUGAACCUGUGCACAAGUCAAGGGAGGAAAUGCGGGAGUUGGUGAACGCGCCCCUGCCCCCCACGUGGAGGCGCUCUUCACUUCCAACUGAAGAUCAGAACUGCAUGGAGGAGCUUCGGCAGAGGGCAGCUUGUGAGCUUCCCGCCAAUAGAAUUGUCCAGUCCGUGAACAAUGUGCCUUGGAACGGAGCAACCUCAUUGUCCGUUAACAAAGCACGGAGGGAAUUUCGGAGGUCAAGCCUAAAUACAGGACCCAUUGGUUCAAAUUCUGCAAUUAUUGAUGUUCGGAAAAAUCCAAUGUAGAAACAUUCUUUUGGCCAGACGAACUGGUUUACUCUUAUUAUCAUUGUGCAUUACUUUUAAUUAAACUGUCUGUCUGUA